CUUGAUAUUGUGGCUGCUACCAAGAAAGGCUACAUGGUGUGGCAGGAAGUGUUUGAUAAUGGAGUGAAGCUGAAGGAUGACACUGUGGUGGAGGUGUGGAUGGGGAACAAGAUGGAGGAGGAGCUUCAGAAUGUGACUGGGGCAGGAUUUACAACCAUUCUUUCUGCCCCUUGGUACCUGGACUACAUUACCUAUGGACAGGACUGGCAACACUACUACAAAGUUGAGCCACUCAAUUUCCCUGGUCAGUUUCUCAAGUCAAAUUCUAAUUUUGUUUAUUUUAGCAGCACUAGUUUACUAAUCUAGUGGUUUAAAACACAG